CUGUCCGUCAGUCCCCGUCACUUUCCGUCAAUUCUCGCCACUUUCCGUCGCUCUCCGCCGCCCUUCAGUUCCGCUCGGCUCUUCUCCGUCAGGCAUCGUGUACUUUCGUGACUCUCCGUCACCCUCCGUCACUCUCCGGCUGCUGCCUACCCCGCUCUCCGGAUGGUGUCUCGCUGUGUCAUCCAUCACCCAGGCUGGAGUUCAAUGAUGGAAUUUUACUGUGUCAAGAAGCAUUGAAUGCUGAGCGGGAGCUAUGUCAUCCAGAUACAGAUCUCUGCAGAUUUGAUGCUACAGAUGAAGAGUUGAGAUUGUGUCAGGCCUGUGGGUAUGAAUUUGACAUGUGUGAGUGGACGUCAGAAGCAUCUGCUGGCCAAAUUUCCUGGAUGCGCACAAAAGCGAGAGAGAUCCCUGCAUUCGAAUCCACACCACAGCAGGAUCAAGGAGGUGAUGAUGAAGGUUAUUAUGUAUGGGUAGGCGCUAAGCAUGCUUUCACUCUUAACCAUUUAGACAGCAGGGCUUAUCUAAAUAGCUCUGUGUGUCAUUGCCUGGGCAAGAGCUGUCAUCUUCAAUUCUAUUAUGCAAUGGAAAGCAGUGUCCUGAGAGUAAGACUGUAUAAUAAUAAGGAAGAAGAAAUAUUUUGGACAUACAACAUAUCAACUCACAGCCAAUGGGUGAAAGCAGAUGUGUUAAUACCAGAAGAUCUGAAGACAUUUAAGAUUAUUUUUGAAGGGACUCUUUAGAGCCAGAGAAGUUUUAUUGCCCUUGAUCACCUCUGGGUCUAUGCCUGUGGACAGACCCAAUCCAGAAAGCUUUGCUCUGCAGACGAAUUCCCUUGCACUAGUGGCCAGUGCAUCGCCAAAGAAUCUGUCUGUGACUCUCGGCAGGACUGCUCCGAUGAGAGUGAUGAAGACCCAGCAACUUGCUCAAAGCAUCUCGCCUGUGACUUUGAGUCGGGUUUCUACGGUUGGGAGCCAUUUCUCACAGAAGAUUCACACUGGAAGCUGAUGAAAGGAUUGAAUAAUGGAGAGCACCACUUUCCUGCAGCUGAUCACACAGCAAACAUAAAUCAUGGUAGGACAUUUUCCUCUUUAAAAAAAAAAAAGUUUUCUUUCUUGCAUGUUGUGGAAUGAUGAUACUGUGUAUUCGCAUUUCUAUUCUGUAGACUGUAUACAUGGAACUCUGGUUUGUCUUGCUUUAAAAGCUCCUGACCAAGUUAAUAAUUGGCGGGUAAUUGAGUUCCCUGAAAGGAGCAUUGUUUUAAUCACCAACAUGUUUGUUGUUGCAAUUUUUAUAAGUUGGGUUAAAGGCAUAAAGAGGUGGAAAAGUUUUCUGAUCAUUUUCUCAAGUUGCCCAGAAUCAAGUACAGUAGGCUUGCCUUCUUUUUAGAGCAAUCCAAUUUUUUCAAAACAGGAAGAAAAAUAGUCUAAUCUUGUUUCUGGGAACUGAGAACAGAGAUUUAGCACUAUCUGUGAAAUAAAUUUACAAAUACUUGAAUGCAAUUUAAUCAGUCUUCGGGCUUCUUUAUAAUAAACAGUCUUAUUCUUCCACAUAUAUAUUUUUAACCAUCAUUCCAGUGUUUACAUAUCAUCUUAAAAUAGAGGAACCAUAACUACCUGUGGUAUUCCAAUAAGUGUCUGUGAAACUCCAAUAAAACAGAAAGUGUUUGUUCUCUUUUCUCUUUUGUUUUGUUCACAUUUAUCAUCGAAUGUCAUUCCCCAUAUACGUUAGCAUCGUGUUAACUUUACUUUUUAAAUGUAUAUGUUUUAAGUAAAGAGUGUCUCGCCAUGUUGCCCAGGUUGAUCUCAAACUCCUGGCCUCAAGCAAUCCUCUCACCUCAGCCUCCCAAAAGUGCUGAGAUUACAAGAGGGAGCCACCACACCUGGCAAACCUUACAAUAGCACAACUGUACUUGUACUAUAGAUCAUCUUUCAACCUCAUUGAACAUUAUCCUAUUUGUUUCUUCUUUCAGACUUCCAAAGAAUUAUACCAAAAAUAAGUAUUGAUCAUAUUUUUAAUUACAGCCAUUGGAAAUUGGGGUUGGUGGUAGUGGGUGAGGGUGCUAGGGGAUGGGGUGGGAAAAUUCAACCAUCCAUCUGUUGGCUACAGCCAUAAACCCAGUUAAUUGUUUAACAGUGUGGUAAGUUCUUAAUUUUUGCUUUUGUGCCAUGACUCAUUUCUUUAACAUUUUGUAGCAGACAAAGUUAAGUUUAAAGUUUAAAAUAGAAAGGGGACUAUAAAUCAUUGGAACUAUGUAUUAACAACACAUUUUCUCUAAACUCAUAUAAUAUUUUACUUCUUUUUCUCUGUUCAAGCCAAUUAUUAAAUACAUAGCAUAGAUGAUACCUGGAUGCACAAAGAUGGAUGCCACGAUCCCUGCCUUUGAGGUGGUCUCAGUCUGGUAGCUUAAGUAGAUAAGCAAGGAAUUGCAAUCGGUUAUGAAGGAUGCUUUAAGAGGGAUGGAAGGUGAUUCAGAUGGAUUCGAGAUGCCUUGUUGAAGGAGAUGACUCCUGAACUGAGCACUGAAGGGAAAUGAAAAGUAGUCAGGAAGCCAGAAGUAAGGAAUUACUGAGAGAAGACGGAACCAAAGAGAGGUGGGAGGGAUCAUGUCCUAAUUGGAGGGAAGAAUCCCCAAAGAGGGCAGAAAGAUGGGAGUAGUUAGGGAUGAAAGACGUGUGUGAUUGGACAGGGAGAAGAGAACUGAUGAAACAGGAGAGGAAGGAAGGGGACUCUAGAGAGUGCUGAGGAAUUGGAAAUGUGUCUGCAGGAUGAUGGUGACCCAGGUAGUCAUGUUAAAGCAUGUGACCAAUCAAAUUUGCUCUAAAGGGCUGUUCUGUCUGAGAUGAGGAGAAUGGAGAGGGUGAAAGGCUGGAGUCAAAAAAACAUGGAUGUGCUGAAGAAAUAUCAGUGAGAGAUGAUGAAGGCCUAAGCCAAGGCAGUGAUUCUCAAAGGGAAGCUGUGCGGGCAGUGUGUCAUGUUGGUCUGAUGUGAGCAUACCAUAAGCAGUUAGGGAAGAGCACGGGCUGCCCAGGGUUCCGACACGAUGUUGACACUGCACCCAUGUCUAAAUAUUAGGGUGCUUCAGUUUUAUUAGAUAGAAAAUAGAGAAAAGAAAAGUAGCUUCCCUGUGGAGUUGUCAUGAGGAUUAAAUGAAAUAACACCUGUGAAGGUUUUUCCAUGUAGUAAGAGCUCCAUAAACAAUAAUAGAUAUUUGUUGUCCAUUCUAAUAAGAAGACUAGGAAAAACACCAGAUAAGACAAUUAGAAAAUAUGUUUGUAAUUCACCUUUAGUCUUUUGCCAUCUUAUAAUUACUACAUAACUAUGAUUUGCAUUAAAAAGAUUCUAAUAGAGCCCCUGUGUUAGAUGUUGAAAGACCCAUUCUUUUCCGGUGAGUUGAAGAAUAGUGAAAGAUAACAAUAUGACUGAUAAAACUAGGGGCAGCUGGUCUCACCCAGAGUGUGAGGGACAAAAACGCAGUCUUUCUCAUUUUAGAAAGGGCCAAUUAAAAAAAAAUAUAUAUAUCUAUCUGGAUCACGGAGUCAACAUCUCUUUACCCAUGAUUGCCAUGAUCAAACCUUAAAGAGAAUCAGUAGUGGUUUUAAAUUGCAAGUGAGGAGGAGAAUUAAAAAAAAUGAAAAAGGACCAGGAAAGGAAAGGAAAGUGAAAUGGAAAUUUCUGGUAGAGUCAGAGGCAGCCUAAUAGUUCCGAUAUCUAAGAAAGUGGAGUUCUAGUUCAUUUUGUUCUUACAGCCUUAAACAUAUAGGUUGCAGCUUUUAAAUCUGUCUAUCUGUCUAUCUAUCUGUCUAUCUAUCUAUCUAUCUAUCUAUCUAUCUAUCUAUCUAUCUAUCUAUCUAGCUGAGACAGAGUCUCGCUUAGUUGCUCAGGCUGGAGUGCAGUGGUGUGAUCCAUGCUCACUGCAAACUCCACCUCCCAGGUUCAAGCAAUUCUCCUGCCUUUUCCUCCCAAGUAGCUGGGACUACAGGUGCACACCACCACGCCCAGCUGGUUUUUUGUUUUUGUAUUUUUAGUAGAGCCAGAGGUUUCACCGUGUUGACCAGGCUGGAUAUGUUGAUAUUAUGUAGUUUUUGUGUGUAUGUGUGUAAUUAAGCCUCGAAUUUCCUUCCUGCCUUUUUUGCUUCGUUUCUACCUUCCUAUUCCUACUCUGUUAAAUUUCCAUCGAAAUAGGCAACUCAUGUUAAUUAUGUUCCACUUUUAUCUAUGUUCAUAUAGUCACACACAGAUAUAUAUAUAUAGUAGAUACAUACAUAUUCAAAAUUAUAUGUGUUUCUGUGAUUGUUUGUUUUUUAAGAAAUAUAUUAUCUUGUAACUAUUGUCCCUAUCUUCUUACUAAAGAUAGCUUCUGGCAGUUGCUCCAAGUCAUCAAAUACUAUCUUUUUUUUUCAUUUUUUAUGAUAAAGUAUUGGUUAAAUGUAAAAUUCAACCAUUUUAGUGUACAGUUCACUGAGUUCUGACAUACAUACACAAUUGUGUAACCAUCACAAAAAUGAAGAUAUAAAACAAUUCUAUUCCUGCCCAACACAUUGUUCUGUGCCAUUAUGUACUCAAUAAUUCUCCCACCUCCCACCACUGACACCAGUGAUCUGAUUUCUAGCCCUAGUGUAUGCCUGUUCCAGAAUGUCUUGAAAAUGGAAUCAUAUCAUAUGUAGCAUUUUGAUUCUGCCUUCUUUCAAUUAGCAUGAAGGACUUGAGACUCAUCCAUGUCGCUGGCUUCAGCCACAAUUCCUUCCUUUUUCACUGCUGAAUAGUUGGGUCCAUUGUGUGGAUGAGCCACACUUCAUUUAUCCACUAACCAGCUGAAGGACACUUAGAUUGUUUCCAAAUAUUGUCAAAUAUGAGUAAAAACACCAUUAAAUUUGCAUACGUGUUUUUGUCUGGACAUAAGUGUUUAUUUGGUUUGAGUUCUCUAUCCAAUGCCUAUGUCUGUUUUUGUUUUUGUUUUUGUUUUUUUUUGCACUCUGGUUGGUGAGAGAACUCUACCAUUCCUGACUUUCUGUGACCUUCGGGAAAUGUUCCAGCUAUUCAUUUCAGGUGUUUUUACCCCCAGACUCAGGUAGUUUUCUCCAAUCCAUGCACACGAUCGGUCCUUACAUGGCAAUUUAGGGGGGACUGUCUGCAGAUCUCGGGAGCUUGCUGUCUUUUCAAAGCUCCAGUACCUGAAAGGGGCAGCUGGCACUCUGUCUUAUGAAUUCUACCCAUGUGGGUCUCCCCAAAGCACCGACUCUAUCUGUUUCAACUUGAGGAGACUACCACACUCCUGUGUUUCCCCUCUGCACAGGCUCCUGGAAACUCUGUCUAGGCAGUAAGCUGUGGGAAUUACAGGACUUAACUCAUUUGUUUCCCCUCUCUCAGAGAUCACUAUCCUGUAAUCUAUCACUAUUUUACAUUCCCAUUGUCCUAUAUUUGACAGUCCAUGCUAAAUAUGCUUUUUUUGUAAUAUUUUUCUUUUGCUCGUUUAAGACAGAAGAUAAAAUCCAGUCUGUGAUACUGGAUUCAUGUUUGUUUAUUUAGCUAAAUUUAUUUGAUUUGGAUAUACCAUAAUGUAUCUAGCUAUUCCCCUAUCCAGUGACAUCAAUAUCAUGACGAUGUUUCAAAUUUAUUCUUGUACACAUUUCCUCCUGUAGGAUACUUUCGAUUUUAUGCAAUAGAUAAUAACUAGGAGUGAGACUUCUAUAUUUUUUAAGCAAGAUAUGUAUUUAUAUUUUCAAUAAACAUUUAUAGAUUCAUUUACCCUAAAACUUUAGUACUUCAAUUUUUAGUGACAAAAUGGGACUACUUUUUCCUAUUUUCCUACCAGCAAGAGGCAUUAUAAUUCUCUAUAAAAAUUUCCAAUUAAUGGGUGUACAACGAUUUCUCAUAUGUAAUAUUUAUUUGCAUUUCACUGAAAAAUAUUUUUUUCAAAUGUUUCCAAUGUCUCAAUUUAUUUGGGUUCUUUAAUUUUACUAAGUAAUAUUUUACAGCUUUCGGGGUAGAGAUUUUGAAAAUCUUUUGCUAGUAUUUUCCUAGGUUUUUGUGUUACUUUUAAAGAACUUCUGAUUUUGAUUAUUGCUGACAUAUAGAAAUGCAGUUUUAUAGAAAAUAUUGACCUUGUAUCCAGUGGCCUUGCUAAUUUUAUUUAUCAUAGCUAGGAACUUAUACAUAUAUAUUUUAUUUUCUAGGAUCACAAUUAUUUUGUCUGCAAAUAAUGGCAAUUUUAUUUCCUUUUUUCUAAAUAUUAACAGUUCUAUCUUCCUUUUGUUGUUUUAUGUACUGGACAGAAUUUCUAGAAUGUGUUGAAUAGAACUAGUGGUAGCUGCUAGACUUGUCUUAUUUCUCUCUCAGAGGAAAAGCUGUCAAUAGUUGAACCUUAAGUGCCAUGCUUACUGAAAAAUUGUAUUCUUUAUCAGAUAAAAAUGUUCCCUUCUAUUCAAGAGUGUGCUUUUUAAAAAAAUUAAGAAAUUGAAUGUAUGUUGAAAGUUUUCAGUAUUUUUCAGCAUCUAUUAUGAUAUGAUUGUCAGAUUAUCUUUUUUGUCUGUAAGGUAAAUUGAUUUUUUAAAUAUUAAACCCCUCUUGCACUCCUGAACCAAACCUAACUGGAGUAAUUUUAUUUAUUACUCCCAUGUUCGCUGCAGGAUUAUUCUUGAUAGCCAAGAUAUGAAAACAACCUAAGUGUCUGUUGAUGUACAGAUAGAUAAACUGUGGUAUCUAAAAAUCAGUGGAAUAUUAUUCAGCCUUAAAAAAAGAGAUUCUGCCAUUUUUCACAUCCUAGGUGAAUCUGGAGGAAAUUAUGCUAUGUGAAAUAAGCCAAACACAAGAAGGAAAAUAUUGCAUGAUCUCAAUUAUGUGUGGCAUCUAAAAAUUAUAUACAGAUAUAGAGAAUGAAACAGUGGUUACCAGAGGCAGGGGCCAAGGGAAGGAAAUGGAGAUAUGUAGCUCAGAGGAUAUGAUGUAACAGAUAUGGAGGAGAAAUGUGUCUAGAGAUGUAAUGUACAACGUGAGGACUACAGUUAAUAACACUUGAGGACUACAGUUAAUAACAGAUUUGAGAUUUGAGAUUUGAUAAAUGAGUAAGUUUUAGCUACUCUUGCCACAAAAAAAGAAAAAAAAGGGCAAUUAUGUGAGAUAAUGGAUAAUUUGCCUCACUAUAAUAACCAUUUGACUAUCUGUAUGUAUCACAUAACCUUAUGUUGUAUAUCUUUAAUAUACAUAAUAAAAUUUGUUUUAAAAAUUAAGAAAAGAAGCGUAGUCUAUUAGGUAAGAAAUGUAUUGAUUUAAUAGUGUUGUAAUGAUAACUGGAAUAGAGAUGUAAACAAGUAGCUAUUUUAACUCUAGGAAGUUGGAGAAUAUAUUCAACAGAAAGUAGGUAAGUCCUCAGCAGCAAUUUUAUUUUAUUUUAUUAUUAUCAUACUUUAGGAAUUUCUUAAGAUGUUUUCUAGUUUUCUUGCUGUGUAAGAAGAGUGUCUAUUGCAAGUUCUGCCAGGGAUUAACAGUUCUAGGCCUGUCUCUGAUAUACAUUAAGACUGUUACCAAAUGUACAUGGUUUAAGAACCUUACCUAUAUAGUCUUUUAAUCAGCAAAAUAAAUAUAAGAGGUACUAUUUUCCUCAUUUUACGAACUUUCUUGUCAUUUAGUUUCUUAUCAGUUAGAAUUCCAUUUUAAACACAGUCUGCCUCCAAAACCUACAUUUUUUUUAAUUUUUUUAUUUUUUUGAGACGGAGUCUGUUGCCCAGGCUGGAGUGCAGUGGUGCGAUCUGGGCUCACUGCCAGCUCUGCCUCCCGGGUUCACACCAUUCUCCUGCCUCAGCCUCCCGAGUAGCUGGGACAGCAGGCGCCCGCCAUCACGCCUGGCUAAUUUUUUUUUUUUGUAUUUUUUUAGUAGAGACGGGGUUUCACCGUGUUAGCCAGGAUGGUCUCUAUCUCCUGACCUCGUAAUCCGUCCGCCUCAGCCUCCCAAAGUGCUGGGAUUACAGGUGUGAGCCACCGCACCCGGCCCAAAACCUACGUUCUUAACUGCAAAUCGUAUAGCCUUUCUAUCCUUUUAAGGUCAUCAUUACAUUGAGAAUGAUGUUUUUAGAAAAUGUGAAAAGUUCCCUACAUGAGCAGUUUAAGCAAUGGGAAGUUUGAAGCCAAUGAUCAAAACUUCACUUUUGGAGGAGAAACGAUGCCCUUAGUCUCUAAUAUGUCAAAUGGUCAGUUAGUAAAUGCUGUCGAGAAGUUUAAGGAAUGAAUGUCUUUAAAAAAUAAUACUUAAUACUUUCUCCUUAGUAAUUAUUUCUUUAAUCACAGUACCUUUUAUAAUCUGAAAUGUAUUAAAUUGCUUUUAAUUCUUAUAGUGCUUUUCGGGGACCUAAAAGAUAAUUUUUUAGACAUAAAAGGAAAAUAAAAGAUCACUAUUUGGAUAAGGGACCCACCCUCAUAGGGAAUUGAAUUAGAAAAUUAGCAAACGACCUCCAGUUCUCUAAAGUCUUAUUUUGAGGGUUUUUUUUUUGCCUGCUUUUUUGAAAAAACUAAUUUUUAUACUGUGAAUCUGUUUAUUCAUAGAAGUGCUAAUUCUUCAUCCCAUUUUUGUGAAUCCUUUCAUUAAAGAUUCUGGCAAUGAGUGGAGGUGAGGUAAAGACACAGUGAAGAAUACAGAGAAGUAGGAGUCUUUUUUUUUUUCUUGUCUUCUUUGCAGCAAAAAGGUUUGAAGGAAGCAUGCAAAAUUUAGGCUGCGAUUCUAAUGUUGAACAAAUGAGCAUAUCACUUCUCUUACAGAGACCUUAACUGCUUGAAAAGACAGGGGUUUCUUAUAAGGAGGAAAAGG